GGAAAGCUUAGCCUUCAGCAUUCACCCUGCAGGCGUCUGCAGAACAAUGCGCUUCCCUAUACCAGUUAUCUUUCUUUCAUCUCUCUUUCCAGUGGGAGCCUGACCCUUCACCCUUCAAUAUACCAGGGCCAGCACGUUGGCAAAGAAUGAUAGCCAGGAAGCGCACGUAGCAAGAACCAUAUUUCUUGAGCCUUGCAGCGCGUGGUCAAAAGUAGACCGCCUGGCGUCCACCGUUUUCUUUGGGCUUGUCACUUUAUACUGUUUAGCUUGACAGUUGGGUUAGAUGGAGAGCACAAGUUGCGUUCGGCUUCUGCGAGGGACGCGGGCAAUGCAGCUUAGAGAACAGACAGUGCAUUCUAGCUGCCAACAGCAGGGAACCUCUUGCGCUGGGGCUUCUCAUUGUUCUGCUCCCUACAGAGUUCCCAUGUGGCUGGCAACACGGCGCCGGAUGCUUCAAAGCAAACAAUGGUUAUGUUGCUCGUGCCAAGAGGAUUCCGAAAGAGGACAAUGGCCCAGAUGGAAAGCAAAUGCUGGAAAGCGAAACGCCAUCUCAACAUCCCAGCCGAUUGCCAGAGAUUUGGGAAGAAUACAAAGAUGUUUGGUUGCGCCGCGGGCAGCUCCUAGCAGCGAGGUCUCUGCUGGGACGUCAGUGCGCUCGCUGGAAGUCAUCAAGGAGGAGCUCAUGGAGGCGGUUAAAGGCACAGACAUGGGAAUCUUCGGUGUCCCUUCAGGGAAAAAAGACCACAUAGAACGGCUUAUUGCGGAGUUGGAGGAGCACAAUCCGACUGAUAGCCCAACAGAAAAUCUUGAGAAGGUUGCUGGCGAAUGGACCCUUCUGUAUAGUACGAUCAAGAUUCUGGGGUCGAAACGAACCAAGCUUGGACUACGCGAAUUUGUAAAGUUGGGAAACUUUAGGCAGAUCAUUGAUGUGGAUCAGAGUCAAGCUUCAAACGUCAUCGACUUCCGAGUUACCGGCCUUGGCUUGCUGACAGGGAGCUUCACGAUUGAUGCCAGCUUCAAGCCGGUAUCCCCAACACGUGUUGAGAUCAAGUUCCUGAAGUCGGUGUUGGUACCGGAGCAGCUGUUGCUCCUGUUUCAAAAGAACUACGACUUGCUGCUCUCCGUCUUCAACCCGGAGGGCUGGCUGGACAUCACGUUUUCAGACGAACAAUUGCGUGUUGGCAGGGACGACAAAGGCAACGUAUUUGUGUUAAGAAGAUGAGUCGCACGUCACUGCAAUCCCUGUCUCACCAUGGCUCGCUUUAAGUUAGAGGACGUCAUAUUUUGACCAGUCGAAAUAUCCUGUAUGCUGCCUAUGCUGCCCAUGAUGGACAACGAUGAACGACGAGCGGCCCCACGGUCGCAAUUCAAACACCAUCUGCAUGUUCAAUUUCCA